AUGCCCACGACGCGCUCUGCCAAGGCGAAGAGCAUCAGUCACCAGGAACGCACCGCAAGCGAACCGCGCAGCAAUGAACUCCACAAGGCCACGCUCGGUCAGGUGACGGCCGUCAACGACCGCAUCAAGACGUUCAGGUUCGACAUCGCAGACAAGAACGGCUUCAACUUCCUCCCAGGCCAAUGGCUCGACGUCUUUGUGCCUGACAUUGAGAAAGCCGGGGGCUUUACCAUCACCUCGUCGCCGAAGGAUGCGCUGCCCCAGGGCGACCCCGACCACGCGCCCUUCUUCGAGCUCGCCGUGCAGGCCAGCCCCGACAACCCGCCCGCGGCCUGGCUGUGGCAGCCCGAGGAGGACAUUGUCGGGCAGGAGGUCGAAGUGCGCGUGGGCGGCAACUUUGUGUUCCCGCCGCCCGGCCUGAACAUGGAGCGGCCGAAGAUCAAGCGCGCCAUCUUCAUCGCCGGUGGUGUAGGCAUCAACCCUAUGAUGUCGAUGAUGUCCUACAUCAACCAGAGCUACCCCAAUCUCGAGGUCCGCCUGCUCUACUCCACAAAGGUGCCCUCGAAAGAGACCAGCCAGGAGGAGGUGUUGUUCUUGCCGCAGAUAAUCAGCCUGUUCCGCAUACCGCGCUCCGAGUCCACCAAGGACCGCAUCGAGCUGUUCUUCACAGGCACGUGGGACGGCUCGAUAGUAGACCGCAGCAACGACCAGCCCAUCCAGCCGCUGAUGUCGCUGACGCUGCCGAACCUGGACUCGGCCACAGAAGUGCCAGUAAUCGCAUGGACACACCGCAUCGACGAUAUUGCGCUAUCGAGUGCGGUUGGUAACAAAGACGACGCCAAACACACUGUCUUCUACGUGUGCGGCCCGCCCUCCAUGACCGACGAGGUGGUGCAGUACCUGAAGGACCAGAACGACGUCGCGCCGGAGCGCGUGUUCUGCGAAAAAUGGUGGUGA